UAUUGUGUGAAAAGGAAAUAAACAAAAAACAAACAAAUGUAAAGUGUAUAACAAAUAAACAAUAUAUUUGUAAAAUAAAAACAAAUAAUUUUUUAAAAAUAAAGUUUAAAGUGCAAGUGAAAAAAUUUAAGCAGCCAAAAAAAAAAUUCGCCGAAAAAAUCAAUAUGGAUGACGCUGCAAAGUAAAAAAAUGUGUAUGUAAAUGCAAUAAUUACAACAACAAUACGCUAAAAACUGCACGAGUAAAAACAAGUUUUUAAAGACAAAGCUGUUGUAGCAACAAUUAAAAAAUUGUUGCAGUUAAAUACUUGAAUUUGCAAAUAAAAAAAAAUUGAUAAUUAUUUGAAUCGUAAUUUUGAACUCUUAUAAAACUAAAUUAAAAUACAAUUAUUAAUCCUAGUAUUUGGAGAGUGAAAACUAAUGUAUUUUUUCGCUCUUAAAUUAUGUGAAAUCAGAAGCGGUAAACAAAUAUUAAAAUUUGAUGUAUAACAAAGAUUCUCUUUAAUCGAUUUAAAAGUAACUAGUUCCAAACAAUUUGUGGCGGGCCUUCGACAAGCCAACUCUGCUUUGAACACAGCCAUAGAAAUAUAUUGGAAGACAACAAAAAAAAAAUUAUUACAAAUGUGCAGUUGAAUGGAAGAGUAUUAUUACGAGUAGCUCUGGUGUUUGGUUGCUUGAUUUUAAUGUAGAUUCAAUGCGCAUUUUACCUUAAAACUAUCAUACAACAACUGUUCACACAGUGGUGGCAGUAGACAGACGCACAUUACCGACGCACACGUUAAGAGAUCCGUUCUCAAAACAUCCCCUCCAAAAAAAAAAAUAUUUAAUUGCAAAAAAAAAAAAAAACAAUAGCAUAAUAAAGUGAACAGGACUGUGUAAUGAACUGAUGAAAUGUAUAAAAUUAUUAAAAAUUGUUUAAUAAUAAAACAACAACAACAACCACAACACAAACAACAGCAGCAACCAACUGAUAGAAUUUGUGAGAGACAACGAAUUAUUUGAAAAAUAUAGGUAUUCCGUUUAAAAUAAAAACUUCAAAAUUAAACGUAACAAUAGACCCUUUGACCCCCAUACAUUCAUGAAGAACAUGGAUAAAAAUGCGGGUGAGGGUGGACAACAAAAUGAUGGUAAAGGAGGCAGCGGUGGUGGAGGUAAAUCAUCCGGCAAUUCUGGUGCUGGCGGUGCAGGUGGUGCUGCACACGAUCCAGCUGCUUUACUAGAUGCGGCUUCACUAUUUGCUUACUGGGGACGUGAUCCUACCGCUGCUGCCGCAGCAGCUGCUAAUCCUUUAUUUAACGCACAAUUUAAUGCUGCUGCCGCUGCUGGCUUGGGUUUACUGCCAAAUCCCACUGCUUCUGCUGCUAAUGAUCGUUAUUCCAUGGCUGCAGCAGCUGCUGCGGCCGCUGCUGGUCAUCAUCAUCAAAAUACCAUGGCGGUGGCCGCUUCUCAAGCUGCCAGUUUGGCCGGUUUACAUCCAGCAAGUUGGUGGUCAAUGGCUCAGUUAGCUGCCCAAGACUAUUUUAGUCGCUUACAAGCCUCUGGUUUAUCACCAUUUCCCCAUCCUGACUUGGCUGCUGCUUUUGGGCCGGCUGCUUUAGGUUUAGGUGCUGCUGGUGCUGGAGCUGGUAAUAGUGGUGGCGUUGGUGGUUCUACUGGUUCUGGAACACAAAAUUCCAGUACAAGUGGUAAUUCAAGCUCCAGUAUUGGUAGUACAUCAUCAUCCGGCAAUAAAUCGAGCAGUAAGUCUCGUAAAGAAAAACAACGUCAACAGCAACAACAACAACAGCAGCAGCAACAACAAUUACAACAACAGCAGCAACAAUCCUUGGCCAAUAGUUUAAAUGCGGCAGCUGCCGCAGCGGCGGUGGCCUCUAAUCCGGCGGCCGCUUUAGCAGGCAUGCAUUUGGUGGGAGCGGGCACUACGAUAACACCAUCAACAGGUUUGGGCAGCUCCUCCAAUAGUGGCAAUAAUAAUAACAACAACAGCAACUCCAACUCUUACAAAAAUAAUUCCUCAAAUCUGGGUAAAAACUCAGGCUCAUCAACGUCUUCUACAAUCUCUGUACAAUUGCCUCCGUCGCCGGGUUCAGCUUAUGAUCCGGUUGUUUUGCACAAAGAACUAUUAGCUAUGCAAGUGGCUGCUGCCGCUGCUGCUGCCAAUCCCUCUUCUUCAUCCUCAUCAUCAUCUUCAUCGAAGAAGUCAAGGAAUUCUUCAUCUAACAAUUCUUCCUCUUCCCAUCAUUUAAUGGGUUCAUCUUCGGCAAAUAAUAACUCUUCAGUCGGAGGACUUAUGUCAACACAUGGUUCUUUAAGCGGAAGUGGCGGAGGUGGAGCUGGUGGUGGAGGUGGUAUGAGUGGAUCAUCAUCUUCAUCGCGUAACAAGAAUGAUGAUAAAAAUAAUGCCUCCUUGAAUGCUUUGAAUUCAUUGUCACAAUUUGGUACUUUGGGCAUGACACCGCAACAGAGUAUGCAAGCAGCCAUGAAUGCUUUUGCGGCCAGUAAUGCCUCUGCUGCAGCAGCAGCCGCCAACAAUGCUGGUAAUAAUGCGGGAGUUAGCUCAUCGUCCAGCACAUCCUCUUCCACGGCCGGUAAUAAGCAAUCAGUCAACGAUUUUAUGCCCUCCGGAGGAUUAGGUGACCAUCCAUCGCUGUUGGGAGUACGCUUGCCACCCGAUACGGAAAUCAUCAAAUACACAUCAUCCAUCGUGGGCCCCAAAAUACCCGGUACUACUACACGUGGUCGUAAAAAGACCAUUUCUGAUCAUGAUCAAACACUACAACUACAACAAAACAAAACAAACGUAUCAGAUUCAAAAACAUUUUGCAUUGCAUUUUCAGGUCUUAGCCCGGCGAAAAGGGCUAGACUCGAAAUGGAGUAUGCUGCCAUAGCUGCCGCAGCCAAUGCUGGCCCCGGACCCAGUCUACCUCCCACACUGACGGCGGCCCAGAUAGCUGCACUGAGUGGCCUAGGUGGAGGAGCGAGUAGCACAUCAAAAUCUUCGGGCGCCUCGGCAGCCUCAUCGUCACAGAGUACGCCACACUUGGACUUGACCGGACCGAGCAGUGGUCGAACGAGCCGAGACUCAUCGUCGGAUCGAGUGGAGGUCAUUAAAUUGCCACCUACUAUUACCUCGAAUGGAGCGUAUAAUUUAUCGAAUAAAAAUAAAGAUAUACACGAUUUAAGCGGUACAACUGAUCUUAACUCGGGCGUUAAUCUCAGUUUAAAACCGGCUGCUUCUUCAGUAUCGAAUACAUCGCUCGCCAAUACGAAUGUUGCCGGAGCUACCAUUACUAUAGAAGAUUUUGAUGCUCCGCUUAAUUUAUCCAUGAAACCAGAUAAAUCAUCAGCGUCUAGUAAUGAUUUAUCGGGUAGCAGUGGCAGUGGCGGUUCUGGUGGUAAUAACUCUGGCAAUACGGGUUCAAAUAGUUUACAAAGUUUAAGUUCCAUAACCGCAGCUCUAGGGAGUAGCGGUGGUGGCGGUAUCGGUAUGAGUGGCGGUAGUGGUGUCGGUGGUGGUAAUGGUGGAGCAGCAGCAAAUAGUUCCAAUACUGGAGGUAAUAGUAGUAGCAAUUCCUCUUCGGCCAGUGGUGGUGGUAGUGGUAUGGGUAAUGAACGCACUAAUCAACCACCAUUCAAAGAGGGACGUCCUAGAAAUUUGGGUCGUGGUGUCUCGAAACCCAAAAAGAAUACGGUGGCCUCGCUACUCGCUCAAUCAAGGGCAGUGGGCAUCAAACCCAUGCUAUCCACUCAACAAUUAUUACAACAAGGCGCUGAUAUAGAAAAAAUACGUCAAGCUUUAACAGAAGCUAAUGCUCAAAUGGAGGUGUCCACAGACUCAGAAAGUAUUGCUGCUGAAAGCGGCUUAUCAGAAUCGGAAAGUGAGGAGCCUAAUCUUUUAAAUGUAACCGAACUGCGUAUACCCUUAGACUUAGGCUGGAAACGUGAAACAGUAAUUAGAGGUCUUACCAAGGCGGGACAAAUCAAAGGAGAAGUUGUUUACUAUGCUCCCGGCAGUAAUGUACCCUUAAAAACUAUGGGUCAUGUUUUCUCUCAUUUAGAAAAGAAUCCUUCAAAAUUGACACGAGAAAACUUUAGUUUCUCGGCUCGAGCCAUAGUGGGCUCUUUCUUACAACCGGCACCACCACCCUAUGCCAAUGAUGGUGAUUACAUACGCAUGUCUGAUGAGGAUGUGGCCAAACGUUUGGAAGAUUUAAAAAUCUUUACACGACAAACUCUAAAUGUAGAACAACGCAUAGAGAUAGCCAAACAACAGCAGGCCUUAAGAGAUGCUAAGAAAUUACAAAAAGAGGAAAUGGCACGCAACAAGGAAAAGGCACGUUUAGAGAAAAAUGAAAAGUUAGAGCAGCAGCGUAAGGAAAAAGAAUUGAAAAAUCAACAAGCCAUAGAGGCUCGCAAAAAGAAACAAGAAGAACUAGAGCGCCUUAAACAGGAGGAAAUACUCAAGAAACAACAGGAAAAGGAAAAGAAACGUCAGGAAGCUAUUUUAGCUAAAGAACAGGAACUUAAUCGUCAAAAGGAAAUGUUAUUGGCCGCAGAAAUGGAACGUGAACGUAGACGCCAGCAUAUGGCUUUGAUACGUCAAUUGGAAUUGCGUCGCAAGUUUGAGGAACGUGAAAAGAAGAAACAUCAAAUGGUCUUGGAUCGUUUGAUUUUAAGAGAAAAACGUUUGGCAGCUCGUAAACGAGAUGCUGAAAUUUUAGCUCAAAUAAGAAAACCUCAAGAGGAUUCGGAAUUAUUGCAAUUACAUGCUAUACCCGAUUUAGAGCGUAUUGCUGGCAAUCGUUUGCCUGGUCAAGCUAUGGCUGAUCUAUUAAUGGUCUUUGAAUUCUUACAUAACUUUGGAGAAACAUUAGGUUUUGACAUGGAAUCUCUACCCACCCUGCAGAAUCUCCACGAUGCUUUAGUAGUCGAUAGUAAUGCUGAAGUCGAAGAAGAACUCUUAUCUGUGAUGACACAUCUACUGGUAUGUGCCAUAGAAGAUCCGGGCAUACCAAAUCCGGGACGUCAUACCACCCUACUGGGACAAUCUCUACGUAAUGCCGACAUAACAAAUUCCAAUGUAUCGGAAAUAUUACGCAUCUAUUUGUAUGCCACUGCAACAGGUGAGAUACGACAAAUGUUUGGCGUUGUUAUGGAUCGUGAACGUGAACGUAAAGUACCGGAUCAUCAUCAAAUCGAUGCGGAAACUAUAGUGCAUACUGGCAAAAAUGCUGAAUACUAUAAGCUAUUGCAUGAGAAUGAAACGUGGAAAAUGUCAUUGGCUCUAAAGGAUCGACCAUUUGUGGCUUUGAAUCCAACAAAGAAAACACAAAUAUUAGCACAUCUCUGCAAUGAUUUGCUCAUGAAUAAGGCGGUACUCAAACAAAUCGAUAAUAGUCUAGAGACCUGCAAUCAAAUGCGUAAAGAAAAGUACAUGACCGAUAUGAAAGUGAGGAAAUAUAAAGCUCUACACAUGCGCAAAUCGAGAAUAGAGGCAUAUGAGAAGAUACAAGCUGAACGUGAAGCAGCCAUGCAGGCGAUGGCACAACAACAGAAAUUAGAUGCUGAACGUUUAGAGAAGGAAUCAGCCGAUGAAGCCAAUAAAAAGGAGGAAGAUAAUACGGGGGCGGCAGCUACCUCCGCACAAGAAACAGCAGGCGAACAAAAUAAUAACACCAGUAAGGAUGAAAAUAUGGAAGUGGAUUUAGAUGGUUCGCAAAAACAAAUCGAUAAGGAAUUAACCAACCUGCCUAGCAAUUUGGAUGAAGGAAAAUUGUCGGCCGCUAACUUAAUGGGCUCAAGUGAUAUAACACCCACUAAAAUGGCCAAAUUGGAUGAUUUAACUUCAUCCACAUCGUAUCAUAAUGGUGGAGCCUCUACGGGUGAUAUAAAUGCUUUAUUGGGAGGCAAAAAAACCAUAAAAGGCCUCAACGAUGAUGCCUCCACCGAUGUGGGCAUGGAUGAAGAUCUUUCUGAUAUAGAAUCGGAAAUUACCAAUGUGGAAGAGGAUGAAGAUAAUAGACUAUCGGCUGAUGAAUUGCAAAAGAAGUUAGAUAAAAUCAUUAGAGCCUCCUUGAACUGUAAAGAAGUGUUGGAGAAGAGCACAAAUCAACUAAGAGCCACAUGUUUUGGUCAAGAUCGUUUUUGGCGUCGCUACUGGCGUCUGCCCAAGGCAGGCGGUAUAUUUAUAGAAGCUUUAGAAUCGGCUCAAAAUGAUAUAUUCCGUUUCCAAGAAAUACUAGAGCAAGAAGAUGAGGAGCGAAAGGAAAACAUGAGUCCAGAACCUUUGGCACAAGAUGUCACUAAGAAUUGUAAUGACAAAACUGAAGAUAGUUUGGAUGUUGAAAUGAGAGAGUUGGAGGCAUUAACGGCUGCCAACGCAAAUCAACCACCAGCACCACCAGCAGUGGAAAAUGUUAUCGAUAAUAAUCCAGCUGAUGACUCUGAUGAUGAUGUCAUCGAAACUAAUCGCAUAGAACCUGAAAUAGUCGAUUUGCGUGAUGACGAUGAUGAUGAUUACGAUGUGGCCAUACAACCGCAUGGUAUACAAUUGGAUAAUAAUGGUACUGCCAAAGUGGAGAAACCCGAUGCUGCUGGCCUCUUGCCACCGGCACACAUUAUAAAUCAGCUGUCUAAAAAGGAAGAAAUGGAAGUAGAUAUGAAAGUACCACUACCACCACCGCCUUCCUCUGCUCUGCAUCAGCUAACCACUACUUCCCACAUGACGAAUCUUAAUCAGCUGCAGAAUUCAAUAACUAUAAACUGUGAUAAACCAGAUUUGAAUAAAAUGAAUUCUUCUACUUCUUCUAUUGCUAACACUACAACUUCCAUGAUGUCUAAUCCCACCACAUCCAGUACCACCACCAACAACGUCACCACUAGCAUAAACCUUUGCACUAGCAAUAGUGGCGCCAAUAAGUAUGAGGACAAAAAAGAAGAUGAUUGCAUUAUUGUCUCCUCUACGGGACCCUCAGAUGUUAAACCUUUAUUCACAAGCGAAAUACCCGAAGUCAAGUGGUUUUCCAUUGUUAAUCGAGAAGUGCCAUUGACAACCACAGAACCUCAGAAUGCCACCAAUCUAAAGGAAUUCCAAAAGAUGUUUGCCAAUAUCACCUGUGGCUCUAGCUAUCAAAUUCAGGGCCAUCCCUGGGAUAUCUCGAAUAAUGUGCAGUAUUUCACCGUUACCAUGGAUGAUUGUAAGGCUGAUCUAACGAAAUUAACCACGGAAUGCAUACUAUCCUUGUCCGGACUCAAUGAGGCCGACAUCGAAAAGAAACUAAAGGAAUUUGAGGAGAAAUUACAAAAUUCAAAAAACUCCUUGGAGACUCCUCGUCAUCAUUCUGCAGCAACGAUGAAAAGUGAAGAUGUAGCAGAUGUAGAAGGUAAAGACAAUAACAAUAUGGAAUGCGAUGACGAGGAGGGGGAGUUGCGUGGCGGAGUUGAUAAGAAAUUUGUGUUAAAAAACGAAAGCAAAAUGAAAUUUUUUCCUUUUCCUAAGGACGCACUCUGCGACACUGGCGGAGGUGUUGUAGGAGCUGGCGCGGAGGCGGAGUUUGCCGAAGACAUUAAGCCCAAAUUGGAAAUAAAAUUAGAUGAGGCUUUACAAACUUCCCUACAGAAUAUGCAGCAAAUGUCUUUGGCUAAUAUAAGCAAUUUCAUACAAUACGAUAUACCCACUCCUUUGCAAAUGUCUCUGGAAGAAUCUCAAAUGUUGGAGGAAAUCAAGAGAGAGGGGUUUCCUAAGAAACAAAAGGGAUCUUAUGUAAAACGUAACUUGCGCUAUGGUUGGUGGAAAAUCGAUACCAUGGAAUUGCUGCAGCAGGUUAUAAAUUCUCUCAAUUCCACGGGUUUAAGAGAAAAAGAACUUAAAGAAAACCUAACACGUUUUUUGACCCAGGAAAUACCUUUGGGUCUACCCUAUCCCAUGGGUGAAGUAAGACCAGAUGAUAAAGAUUAUCUAUUGCCGGAUAAACCCAACGAUUGGACUCCCAAAAUAGCUAAACGAGUAGAAAUGGCUUUGUUGGAGCAGCUAGAAGUAUUAGAAGACAAAAUCGCUUCGGCUUCUAUGCAAUUGAAACACUGGCAAUUGCCACCCAGAAUAGAAUCCGAACUUAAUCUAGAAAGUGAUGCAGAUAUAACCGAAGAAGACUUUGUCAGCAUUAUACCCAUGAUUAGAGAACGCAUUAUUGACUUGGAAGCGAAUAUAGAGAGGAGAUAUUUGAAACCACCCUUGGGUGCACAAACGGGUGAUGCCCACUUAGCGGCCAUUGCUCAAAAUCAACAAAAUACUCAAACACAAAAUUCCGCCAAUGCGGCUGCCUAUUACCAACAAAUGCAACAGCAGCAACAACAACAGGCUUUGCUGCAGCAGCAGCAACAACAAGCUUUUAAUCCCUCGGCUUUUAAUGAACGAGCCAUGGCCAUAGCCGCUAAUAAUGCCAAUAAUGCAGCCAGCAGCAAUUCAAAUGCCAACAGCAACAACGCCGGCGGUGAUCUUAAUACACAAACGCACUCCUCGGCUAACAACGAAAAUAAUUCCGGAGGCGAUUCUCCCUCCAGCAAUUGUGAUAGUGACAAAGAUGAAAAAGUGGAAAAUAUACCCAAAGGUUUGGUGUCUUGGCGUGAUGCCGUUUCACGUUCUCAUACCACCGCACAGCUAGCAAUGGCUCUAUACGUUUUGGAAUCUUGUGUGGCCUGGGAUAAAAGCAUUAUGAAAGCCAAUUGCCAGUUCUGCACAUCUGGCGAAAAUGAAGAUAAACUCUUGCUGUGCGAUGGCUGCGAUAAGGGUUAUCAUACCUACUGUUUCAAACCGAAAAUGGAGAAUAUACCCGAUGGUGAUUGGUAUUGCUAUGAGUGCGUUAAUAAGGCUACCAAUGAACGUAAAUGUAUUGUUUGUGGCGGUCAUCGUCCCUCACCGGUUGGCAAAAUGAUCUAUUGUGAUUUGUGUCCACGUGCAUAUCAUGCUGAUUGUUACAUUCCUCCACUGUUGAAAGUGCCGCGUGGCAAAUGGUAUUGUCAUGGUUGCAUUUCAAAGGCACCACCACCGAAAAAACGUUCCUCCACUAGUAAACCUCGCCGUGAACGUGAUUCAUCUGCCUCGCUAUCGAAACGCAAAGAUAAACAUCAUAAUACAUCGUCCAGUUGUGAACAGUUGAAUACAUCGGCCGAUCAUCAUAAUAUUCAUAAUUCAUCGCAUGAUGAGUCAAUGACAUCGCUGCCGGCACCGUUGAGUCCCGCUCAUUCUGUGGCCUCAACAUCAUUCGAUGAUCAUCAUAACAACUCUAUCGAUACAACGCGCUUCCAAAAUCAAGUAACAAAUCGUCAAGGUGCUUUAAGUCCACAAAACACAAACAAUGAAUUCAAUGAUACCAGCAUGGAUGGUACAACCAACACAACAGCAUUAGGCAGCAAUACAGCUGCAGCAGGAAAUGUUGCUAUGCUUCAUACACAGCAGCAGCAACAACAGUCACUGCAACAAACGCCAGCUAGUGCAGCAAACAUACUACCCAUGAUGUCACCAAUACCAACAUCAACGCCACCAACACAACAACAGCAACAAAAUUUCAAUUGUAUGCCCAGUACGGCAGGACUCUUACCACCUCAAGGACAAAUAAUGUCAUCACCAUCACAUUUUGCCAAUCUCAGCGCACCAACGCCACUACAACAAAUCGCUACAAAUCAAACAAAUCAUUUGCCAUAUCCCCUUAAUACCACACAAUUGGUACCGCCCAGUUCAGCGGCCGUGAUAGCAGCACCCUCACUACCACCACCAUCACCGUCAACCAUAACAGCAGCCACAACUGCUACGUUAGCUUUAGCCACUGUUAUACCGCCAUCUAUAACACAAACAACGGCCACAGGCGGUCUCUUAACUGCUACAGCACUACCAAAUCAAAUGCCAGUUUUACCCAAUAUAACAGCAGCACCUCCCACUCCACCCAUUGGUGUGACUGGUAAUCUAAUGUGUGCUACUACCUCCCCACAACAUUCCUCCAUAACAUCAUCAUCCCGUUCCUCAACGCCCACACAACAACAGAUGCAUCAUGGUUCUGCCAGCCAGCAUUCACCACAGCUGCAUGCUCCUGCUACUUCGCCCUCCAUGAUGGUGGUUUCUAGCAGCGCGGUGACAACACCACCACCUACUGCUCUAGGGCCACCACCUCCCAUAAAUAUACAUGCCGUUCAGGAGGCCAAGGAAAAAUUGAAACAAGAGAAAAAAGAAAAACAUGCCACCAAAAAGUUAAUGAAAGAAUUGGCCGUAUGUAAAACCGUUUUAAGUGAAAUGGAGCUACAUGAAGAUUCUUGGCCUUUUCUGUUGCCAGUAAAUACCAAACAAUUUCCCACGUAUCGCAAAAUCAUAAAAAAUCCCAUGGAUUUAUCCACCAUUAAGAAAAGACUACAAGAUUUAAGCUACAAAUGUCGAGAAGAUUUUUGUGUUGAUGUACGACAGAUUUUCGACAAUUGUGAAAUGUUUAAUGAAGACGACUCGCCGGUGGGCAAAGCUGGUCAUGGUAUGCGUAAAUUCUUUGAAAUGCGUUGGGCCGAAUUGACUGAUAAACACUCAUGAUAUCAAUUGCAACAUCAGCAACAACAAACACAGCAACAACUCAAAUAUAACAGCGAAUAAAUAAAAUUAAACUUUUCAACAUUUAAAUCCAAUAAAAAGGAUUUUAAAUCAUAUAAAAACACACACACACACAAACACAAGUAAAACAAAAUGUUUAGUAAAAAAACAAUCGUAAGUGAA